CAGUCGCAAACGGACCAAACGCCAGCCAGUUUUGUUCUGCUUCGCUCUCUCGUCGUCGCAGUUUUCCGCGUGACGCGCUCCAGCACCAGACGUCGGCAACGGUCCGACUCCCCAACACCGGUCCGAUCUCUUGAUGUUUUGAUGUCUUUCGCUGCGCCUCCAUCCACAUCGUCGACCGUUUUUAUCUAGAUAUUGUGGCACGUGUCCCCGUCUCAUGUGUGAAGUGUCUCUGAAUCCUGGCCGAUUUUCUGCUCUUUCUGCAUAUUUGAGUUGAUUCAAGUCAGAGUCAAACGCUGAGGCGUCAAGACUACACUCAAAUUCCUAUCCCGUACCAGAAAGGAAAUCACUUGAAUAUCCCGAUAUCCCGAGUGCACUUCGCCGGUUUGAAACUGCUGCAUUUGAAGUUCAAUGACUGAAUAGAAAAGGUGUGACGAUGCAGCAAGACUGCCAUGGAGGAUGAUAGGAUCCCGAACGGAAUUCAUAUCCGGUCAAUGUGGAAUCGUGUAAUUCAUAGCAUUCUUAUGGUAGCAUUGAUAGGGUCUCUGGGAGAUGGGGCUCUGUGUCCUGCGAUAUGUCGUUGCGAGGAGGAAGCCUUGGCCACGUAUUGCACCAAUGCAACCCAACAGCUCGAGUUCGUGCCCAUACAACUCAAUCCGGAGGUUAAAAAAAUCGAUUUGUCGAAUAACAAAAUAACGAACCUGCACUUCGCGUUAUCAUUUUAUGAUAAGCUCGUGCAGUUAGAUUUGUCGGGCAAUAAAAUUAACACGUUGGGAUCGUCAAAUUUCGAACACCAGAAAGUCCUUCUGCACCUAAACUUAAGUAGCAACGUCAUUGAGAAACUUGGCAAGGACUCGCUUAAAGGUUUAAAGGCACUAACCGUUUUAGAUAUGAGUUACAACCGAUUGGAGAAGCUCACCUCGAUAGCAUUCCGUGAAUUACACUCGCUGGUUAUUCUUAAACUGAGCGCAAACCGUUUGAUGCACCUGGAAGACGGAGUAUUUAAAUCAACAAAACACUUAGAGGAGUUAUUCCUCGAGGAUAAUCAAUUUAUGGUCGUUCCCAGUUCAGCGCUCUCUGAUGUGUUAAGUUUGCGGCAUUUGUCACUCUCACGCAAUCUGAUAGAGUCGAUCGAGGAAGGGGAAAUGCCCCAACUUUCCCAAAUGUCCACUCUUCAACUUGAUGGCAACGUUAUGAGUGACAUUAACCCCACUGCAUUUAUAGGUCUGGUUUCACUUGACCAUCUCGACGUUAGCGACAACAAUUUUACAGUCAUUCCCACAAAUUCAUUAUCAAAAUUGUCCAAUUUAACGACUUUAAAAUUCAGCGGCAAUUCUAUAAGUAAUUUACCAGCGGUUGCAUUUCGUGGUCUGUUCCACCUAAAAUACAUUAAGCUAGACCGGCUGCAGUAUCUUGAAACAAUAGAUCCUAGGACAUUCAUAGACAAUAUCAAUUUAGAAAAGGUCUAUCUAGAUUUUAAUAUAGCCCUGGAAAAAAUCCCAACCCGAUUGUUUCACGGCAACCCCAAACUUAGAUACGUGUCCAUUCGCUACAACAAACUGGAAACGCUGGAAGUCACCCACUUCCCUCUGGAUCAGCUCCGCGAAAUUAGAUUAGCCGGCAACCCCCUGCAAUGCAACUGCUCUUUGGGAUGGUUAUGGCAGUUGAUUAAAUUGCAGAAAGCAAAAACGGCACAAACCAACGCAACAAGUACACACACAACCAAAGACAAACCGACCACACGUGAUCUAAUAUUAGAUGGUGAUGAAAUUUCUUGCGAAGGACCCGAAGACAUGAAGGGACUGCUGCUUUCGGAUGCCUCCAAAUAUCAAAUGGAUUGUUCGGUCGGAUGGAUGGCGGCUGUUUCCGUUGCGGUGACCGUUGUAUUCAUUCUGGCCGUAAUAGGUGGCGUAGUUUACUGGGCACCGACAAGAAAAUCAAAAAAUAAUAAGAAAGACUUGACUAACUUGGACACAAUACUGAGAAGACCGCCUACGUGCUCAAACGGUUUGGCUGAACCAUAUGAAGUCACACAUAUUGAAAAAUGCAUGAUGCCACCGCCUAUUCUACAUAACGAAUAUCGCUCUUUACCUUCUUGGGAUCCUUAUGGCGCCCAUUGUCAAAGCACCAUGAAUAUUUAUGAAACUCUUGAUGAAAACACUAAAUCAAGACCCCACAUUGUCUAUGUAUAAGUCUUCUUAAUGCGUUCUUCCUAAUAUUUGUAACAGUGUAUGAUUAUAUUUUGUUAAAUAUAUACAUUAUUAUUGUAUAUGACAUCAUAUUAAUGGGAACUGGUAAUAUGCUAUGGACUUUUUAUUAAUCCUGCGGCUCAAGUCACUAUGUGGCUGUUAUUUCUUAUUUUAGUAUAAAAUAAGACUGAUCCUUUUUUCUAAAGAUAUUUUUACCGCUUAAUGUGUCAAAAAAAGGUUUUUAAAGAUUCGUUAGUUUUACAGAUUUUGACCAUUUUAGUGUAAAACACUCAUUACUGCAUAUACAAACUAAAGCUCGGACUUUUUACUUUUAAAACUUUCUUCCCAAACUAAUGGUGUUUUCUCUCAACUCUAUUCAAAUUUUGUAAUAAAUUAGAAAAUUAAUAAUGUAAAUAUCUGGGUUUUAGUAACGUUCAUUAAUAAAUUAAUUCCAGUAGUUGUAAACUAGUUGGAACUGGUGGACAAAAUAAUAAACAAUAUUAAUUCCAAAAUAUUUAUAAUUUUUUAACAACUUUGGAUAAUUAAAGAAAGCAUAGUUUUGUCCACAUAGUAUAGGCAACAAAAACUAUUUAAAACAGUGACGCUGUGUAAGAAAAACAAUUUUAUAAAAAUUUAAAAAUAUUUAAUUAAACAUAAAUAUGAAUAAUAAUAUGAAAACGUCACUAAAUCUUACGAAAAAAUAAAAAUGCCGUCCUAGCACAACUAAUGAUAGUACAAAAACUGAAAUUUUGUACACUAAAAGGGUUAAAAUAGCAGUAAAUUUUAUUUAAUAUUAAGUUUAUUUAUUGUUUGUUAAUAUUAUUGGAUAUUGCUGUUAUGUUUUUGUUUAUUGGGCAUAUUAAAAGUAUUUUUGUGGCCCACAUUCUAUUGUAUAAAAUUCUAUGCAAGGAAAGCAAUAAAUAUUAUUGCAAUUUGAUUGCAUGAUUUAAAAAGGAUUAUACAGUGUGAUAUACAAUAACAUGUGUAAGGUUUAGUGUAUCGUAACUGUAAACUCCAAUUGCCAAAGUGUUUCACAUAUUUGUACAUCAUACUGUACCUUUAUUUUGGAAUAUAUAAGGUAUAUAGACAGAGGGUGCCAAUGUGUGUAUAUCUAUCUAUAUUUCUUUAAAAAAGUCGUUAUUCAGGAAACAUGGCUCGCUCUGUAUAUUUUGUAUACUUUAUAAUCAUAAGGAAAAUAGUAAGCUUAUAUUUUGGUUGUAAAACAAUGUAAACGUCACCGAAAAUACAUAAUUCUUAACAUAAAGUGUGUAUAAAAAAGUGCAGAUUAAUUAGAACACAGAUAAGUUUGUAAUAAAAAAAGUAAUUUAGAUAUAGAACCAUCUAAUAAACUCAUGUUUGUUUACAUUGUUUUAUUAUUAUUUAAAACUAUGUAUGUGGACUUGUUUACUAAUUAGAAUCAAAAAAAUAAUUGGAAAGUGAUAGAACUAAUUCCAGACCAGUUAGAGCUGUUACUUUUUAAACCGUGUAUAUACAUAAAUAACUUUUGUCUACGUGGUAAAUUAUUAAACAAUACAGAUACUGGACCAUGUAUAUUAAUCCAUAAAAUUUUACAUUUGUAAAAAAUUGUUAUAGAACUAUCAAAAUACUGUGUAAUUAACUGUUCUUUAUUGUAUUAAUAAUAACAUCCCGUAAUAUAAUUGAUAUUAUUUCUUCAUAUGUUACAUAAUGUUCAACUAUAAUAUACAAUAAAAUAUUUAAAAAUUA